UUCCCUCUAGAAUCUCCCUGGAAAAAGAGACAUGAAUGUAUGCAAUGAUACUUCCUGACAAGAAGUUGAUACCAGAGAAGGAAAGCAGAUUAACAGCUAGUGAGCAGAAUUUUGAACAACCAGGAUUUUGUAUUUAUCACUUCUAACUACAGACUUCUGUUGCCCGUUUAAAUCAGAGAUACCUGCACUCAGAACCACAAAGCAAAAGGAUACUUUUCUUCCGUAUUUUUUGAGAUCAAAGAUACUGCAAUGUCUAGGAAACAAAGCCAGAAGGAUUCAUCAGGAUUCAUUUUUGAUUUGCAGUCUAAUACUGUACUGGCUCAGGGAGGAGCUUUUGAGAACAUGAAAGAGAAGAUAAAUGCAGUGCGUGCAAUAGUUCCCAAUAAAAGCAACAAUGAAAUCAUCCUGGUUUUGCAGCACUUUGAUAAUUGUGUGGACAAAACAGUACAAGCAUUCAUGGAAGGUAGUGCCAGUGAAGUACUCAAAGAAUGGACAGUAACAGGCAAGAAAAAGAACAAAAAGAAGAAGAGCAAACCAAAACCUGCAGCAGAAGCAAGUAACAGUAUCCCUGAUUCCAGUAAAUCAGUUUCCAUUCAAGAGGAACAGUCUAUGCCUUCCUCAGAGAAAGGUGGUGUUAAUGGUUACCAUGUCAAUGGUGCCAUCAAUGAUACUGAGUCUGUGGACUCACUUGGUGAAGGUUUGGAGACACUUUCAAUAGAUGCCAGAGAACUGGAGGAUCCUGAGUCUGCCACACCAGAUAUGCUGGAUAGAACAGGAUCCAUGCUGGAGAAUGGUGUCUCUGAUUUUGGGUCCAAGUCUUGGACUAUGCACUCUAUUCAGAAUUCUCAACAAUCCAGGAAUGCUGCCAAAUCUCUCUCAAGACCUACCACAGCACCUCAGUUUUCAAAUCUGGGGAUGGAUGAUGUUCCCUUCUCCACCAAUAAAAAGUUAGGUUCCAAUAUUGAAAAAUCUGUAAAAGACCUCCAGCGCUGUACAGUGUCUCUUGCGCGGUAUCGAGUUGUAGUUAAAGAAGAGAUGGAUGCUUCCAUUAAGAAAAUGAAACAAGCUUUUGCUGAAUUGCAGAGCUGUUUAAUGGAUCGGGAAGUGGCAUUGCUUGCUGAAAUGGACAAAGUGAAAGCUGAAGCAAUGGAAAUUUUGCUCAGCCGACAAAAGAAAGCUGAACUUCUAAAGAAGAUGACUGAUGUGGCUGUUCGAAUGUCAGAGGAGCAAUUGGUUGAGCUCAGAGCCGAUAUCAAGCACUUUGUUAGUGAACGUAAAUAUGACGAGGAUCUGGGACGAGUAGCCCGGUUCACCUGUGAUGUGGAGACCCUAAAGAAGAGCAUUGAUUCAUUUGGACAAGUGUCCCAUCCAAAGAAUAGCUAUUCAACCAGAUCCCGAUGUAGCUUAGUUACACCUGUGUCCUUGAGUAGCCUGAGUGAUGCCUCUGCUGUUUCCUCUUCCACCUGUGCCUCUGCCCCCAGCCUUACAAGUGCUAACAAGAAAACCUCUGUGCCAGGAGAGACACCUGCAGCCACAGCAAACUCCAGUGGCCGGACCUACCAGCCGCACCGGGAGGUAUUACCUGGGAACAGACGAGGAGGACAAGGCUACAGGCCACAAGGCCAAAAGUCCAGUGACCCUACGAACCAAGGGCGACAUGACAAUGUGGGUCGUUACAGAAAUAGCUCGUGGUAUUCAUCUGGUUCUAGGUAUCAGAGUGCUCCGCCCCAGACACCAGGAAACGCUAGUGAAUGGGGCCAGGCUCACUCUGCAGGGACCAGUGGAACUGGAGUCAGCAUGGAGCCUAGCCCACCUAAGCCCUCAUUCAAAAAGGGGCUCCCCCAGCGCAAACCCAGGACCUCUCGGGCGGAAGCUGUGAACUCUUGAGGAAAAUUCCAGUUGGCCUCUCUUGUAUCCCACACAGUUCAACUUGAUAACUGGACUUUAGGAAACUUAUAGUUAGAUUUAAUAAUAGAAAGAAGUUUAUGCAUAUAACUUUUUGUGCCAUUCUAA